AGUGGAGGGAUAUCAUGUUGUGGCUUUCUGCCUCCUGCACUACAAGACCACCUUCAACACUUCAUUUGUGGACAUAAAGUGUGUUGCUGGUGAGUGGAGGAUGGAGGAUGUACCACACAAUGAGGUAAUGGAGUGCGUAAUAGAGUGCAUGCCACCGUGUCAGCAUGGCCGAUGUGCACUUUACAACAAUUCCACUGCAUGUAUCUGUCCGCCACUCUACUCAGGCAGGUCUUGUGAGGUGCAGGGCUGCAAGGCGUUGCCAGUUCUUCAAAGAGCAAUGGUUGGCUGGAUGCAGCUGUGA